AUGUCUGACGCCAAGAUUCAGGAUCUUUUAAACAAGCCUCGCAAUGAGCUCACUGAAUACGAAGUCGGCCUCGUCGAAGAACAUGAGCUCACAGCCGGCCCCUUAUCCCUCCUCCAGACAGCCACUCGAACCCACACACAAGUCCUCAUCUCCUGCCGCAACAACCGCAAAUUGCUCGCUCGCGUGAAAGCGUUUGAUCGUCACUGCAAUAUGGUUUUGGAGAAUGUCAAGGAGAUGUGGACGGAGAAGCCGAAGGGUGGCAAGGGGCGUGGUGUUAAUAAGGAUCGGUUUAUUAGCAAGAUGUUUCUACGAGGCGAUUCGGUGAUUCUUGUCUUGCUCAGUUAA